CUCACAUCCGAGGCUGGGUGAGGAAUCCGGAGAGGAGAUUUUCCCCAUGCUCACCGUUGUUGGAAACUGGGAGAGUGAGAGGAAGGAGGAAGGGGAUCUGUGGAGCUCUCUACCCACCACCAGCCUGACCAGGGGAGGAGGCACCUAGAUUUGCAUCUUUUCUUCGUGGUGAUUAAGAACUGCAGGUUCAAUCCGAUCCCACUGGGCACUGGCUAUUGAUUAUAAAAAAAAAAAUCGACACUGGGAGAAGGGAGGCUCUGUCUUCGGCUGUCAGACUAGAUCUUGGAGGUGGUAUUGGUGUGUGAGUGUGUGUGCUGGUGGCUUCUUUUUUUCCUCCCCCCCCCCCUUUUUUCUCCUAGGGGCUACACAAUGGCAGUCUUCUCUCACUGAGAUGAAUCCUGCUUCGUCUUCUGCAGACCCACCCAUCCUCAUAGCGAUCAAGUAAAAGGCUAUGGUUUUCUCUUUGGGGAUCUUUUGUGCAUUACUGUUCUCCCUGAUUAGUUCUGGUCUCAGUUGGGAUUUCUUUGCUUUUCUGUUUGGCUUCAUGCUGAAAAAGGAUUUUUUCCCCAACCCUUUGGUAAUUAUCCAGUGGUGAUCAAGAAGGAUAAAUCAUUCACCCUGGCCGAAAAAAAACAAUCCCUGAGAAGUCUCAAAGAAAUAUACCACGUGAGAGGAAGAAACUGGGAGAAGAUUCGGAAUAUUAUCGUUUUUCCUAUGGUAAAACCGGUGCCCCUCUUCAGGAGAACUGAUUUCAAAUUAUUAUUAUGCAACCACAAGGAUCUCUUCUUUCUCAGGGUGUCUAAGCUUCUGGAUUGCUUUUCGCCCAAAUCAAUGUGGUUUCUUUGGAACAUUUUCAGCAAAGGAACGCAUAUGCUGCAGUGUCUUUGUGGCAAGAGUCUUAAGAAAAACAAGAACCCAACUGAUCCCCAGCUCAAGGGUAUAGUGACAAGGUUAUAUUGCAGGCAAGGCUACUACUUGCAAAUGCACCCUGAUGGAACUCUCGAUGGAACCAAGGAUGACAGCACUAAUUCUACACUAUUCAACCUCAUACCAGUGGGACUGCGUGUUGUUGCCAUCCAGGGAGUGAAGACAGGGUUGUACAUAGCCAUGAAUGGAGAAGGUUACCUCUACCCAUCAGAACUUUUUACCCCUGAAUGCAAGUUUAAAGAAUCUGUUUUUGAAAACUAUUAUGUAAUCUACUCAUCUAUGCUGUACAGACAACAGGAAUCUGGUAGAGCCUGGUUUUUGGGAUUGAAUAAAGAGGGACAAGCUAUGAAAGGAAACAGAGUGAAGAAAACAAAACCAGCAGCUCAUUUUCUACCCAAGCCAUUGGAAGUUGCCAUGUACCGAGAACCAUCUUUGCAUGAUGUUGGAGAAACGGUCCCAAAGGCUGGGGUGACGCCAAGUAAAAGCACAAGUGCAUCUGCAAUAAUGAAUGGAGGCAAACCAGUCAACAAAAGUAAGACAACAUAGCCAGAUCCUCACAGGUGUUGUGACUUACUCAUCCUGAGCACAGUUGAGUAAUUUAUCCUUGCCAAACAUUCCUGCUCCCAUGGCUGAGGAGCAGCUGGAAGUAAGUGGAUGCUUGCUAUUUGCUAUUUUGAAAUUUUUGGUUGCAAGUGGAUAAAUCUCAACCUGUUGCACCUCCUACAACAAGAAAACACCUGAAUAACCAGCUAAACUCAGACCAUGGAAUGCCCUACCAGAUAUGGAAUGCCUUUUUAAUACCUUUUCUGUGACUGUGACACUUCAUGUGAAUGAUAUACUUCACAAGUACACUCGAUACCUUGCCUGCUGACAGCUACCCAUAAUCCUUUUUGAGUCCUGUUUCAGCAACCUCCAUGUGUUUAAGUUCAAUUUUGUAGCACACAGAUACUGAGUAAUUUCUAGGUAGAAGCUGUAAACCUGUGCUCUUAUGGAUUUCUCUCCUUCCCAUUUUUACAGGCUGCUUGCUCCACUGUCUGUGACCUAUUGCAGGGAUUGUGUUUCUCUAAACCUUAAAUGUUGCAGUUGACUUAGUUCAGAGAGUGAUCAGGGAAUCAGGAAGCCUCCUAAACCUAUUACUACAAAUUGUAUCAUAAAGGUCAGGAGUGGUGUCUCCAGCUCACACUAGCAAUUAAACACACAUACGCACUGUUCAUUGGCAGGUACUGUGAUCCUGAGGUUGGCGUUGCUGGGGUGAGAAACCCAGCAGUGUUUCUCACUGGGGUCAAACACUGUACAUGGGAUGUUCUCUAAGAUAUGUGUUUGACAUCCCCCUAUAGUUUCUUUGUGUGUGUGUGUUUUAUACAUAUCACAAGCUUACUGGUAAUGGUAACAUUUGCCUUGCCCAGCGAGCAAGACCCACUGGUUUUUGAGAAAGUGGGUCCAAAGAACUCUGUAGGCCUUGUAGGCCUGAUUAAGGUUCAUUUUUCAUCUACUAUUCCUCAUUAUUUGGAAAAAAAGAAAAAAUCAAUAAUUACAACUUAUAAGAGUUGCGCUACCUAAAUAUAUUUCAGAUAUAAUCCUUCCUAUUUUUAAUGAACCAAAUUUAAUGCCAUCCCGGGUUUUGGCUGCGUUCCACUCACACUCAGCAGAGCAUGGGCAAGGCGGCUGUUGUGUUCUUUUCUGCAGCAGCAAUGCAAACCUUAGUUAUAAUUAGACUUUAAUAUUUUUUGGUGUUUAAAGACAGGUUUUUAAACUGGACACAUUAGGAAAAAAUAUUUUUUUUAGCUCAGCAUGCUGAGUCAGGUACUGUGUAUUUCACCAGUCCAUACCUCUAACUCAACUUCUUAGGGCCCAGGUUGCCCAAUGGCUGGGAUAGAGGUGCCUUGCCAUGAUCUUAGAAUGCAGUCUGUUGAAUUAUUCUAGAUAAAAUUAAAGGCAAACCAACACAUUUAAACAUCAGGUUGCUGGCCCAUUCAACCAACUUACUUUUGUUUUAUUUGCUUUCUUAAUUUUCUCUUAAAUAACUCUGAGCUUAGGGGAGACAACUCCCAAGAAAGGCCAUGAAUAGUUGAGACAACACAGUGAAGAAACCAUGCAAAGUGUUCAAUAUUCAAUAUAAAGAGUUGCAAAAUGUUUAAUAUUAAACUGUUUGGAAAUACAUUGUCAAUUCUGUGUAUACUUAAUAAAAUUCAAUGUUUUGUCCUCAGAAGAAUUGAGACCAAACUGAACCUCAUUUAUAGAAAACUACAUGUGGGAUCAUUAUACUGGCCUCUUGUUAUUAAUUCUAUGUUGAAGGGUGAUCCAGUCACUAUUUACCCCCAUCUGCACUGUAUUUCCUGAGAAAUGAUUUUGUCACUGCUUUUCUAAGUCUCCAUGACAGUUCUUGCCCAGCAUUUUAAAAUAUUGGCCUGCUUAGCUGGUUAAAGAUUUAGUAUAAGUUUAAUUGUUUAUGCUUAUUUAAUUUUCAUAUUGGAUUCCAUUUUAAUAAAUAAAAAGUUAGCAUAAUGUUUGAGUAGAUUUAUUGUUGAUAAUGGCUAAAAUACAAAUGCAACAAAAUGAUUCCUUGGACAAUUCUUGGUUUGUUAUACCAUUUUGAAGCCUAUUGUUUUUUAACAGGAUUAGUUAAAAUACAUUAGAUGAAUUUUAUAACUACUUAUUUAGGGAAGACAUGUAAUCCAUAACAUGUGGCAAACUAUGAAUAAUUUAAUUUGAAAUUCCAAGUAAGUGGGUUUAUAGACACUGUUUAUCCUAACACUCACACACACACAUACUUAUCAAACAACCCACUGAUUUGCUUCUGGUAAUCAGCCUUAUUUAUUCAUUUCUUUUCCCCUGCAAGGCUGCUUAUUGAUUAAAAUUGACAAGAUUUAUUUUUCUGAAGACCGAGAUUUAUGAAAAUGUACCCCUGUUUUUUUAUAUGUGUUGUCCACAAGGUCAUUUAUUCUUAUGAGUGGAUGUCAAAAUACUUUCUUCUAAUAUAUGUUUAGACAUAUUGCAAAAGGUCUUUGUUAUUUGUAAAUUAUUCUGAUUACUUCCUUUGUGUUUGGUCUCAUCUGUUGCACGGAACAAGGGCAGCACUAAUGAACUGCAUGUUGUAGGACUUUGGUAUCAAGAACUGUUGGUAUGUAUUACUCAAUUUACAUACAAAAAGUUUGCAUUUUACAGUUUCUGUGUUUAAUAUCAUUUGUUAUAUUCACAAACAUAUUGAAUAAAAUAUUUAUAUGAAGGCAUUUUGGGAAACAUCAAACAAGUUUAUGUAAUGAAAUGGCAUUACAUCACCCACAAAUAUAGAGAUAUGUCAUGCAUAUAAGUUGGUAAGUCAUCUUCCCCUAUUACCAUGCCAAAGAAAAUUUUAGCUCUUUGAUGAUACCUCUCUCAUUAUUUUUCCAGGAUAAGACCCUUCUCUCUUUUUCACCUCAAAAAUCAACCUUGUUGUUAUUAAGUAAUUGCAGUCUGUCACCAUUGAUGUCCUGUAUAGUAAAUCUGAUGGAACUCAUUUGUAUUUACAGACUAUGUGUUUUGUACCUACAUGUACAUAUGUCAAUUGUUUUGAGCUUAACAUCACAUUCCAUUUGCAUGUGUAUCUGGUGUAGGAGGGUUAUUUCUAUUGAUUCAUUAUAAUAGAUGAUUGCUUCACCCAUCCCUCAGCAAUGCUUGGGAAUGUUAAUGGUUUGAUAUUUCAAGUGACACCAUUUUUAUUUUCAUAUCAGUUUGAUUUCUAAAGUGUUUUGCUAAAAUUUUACCUGGAAAAAAUUAUAGAAGAAAUGCAAAUAGUCCACCCUAUGUAAAGAGUAAAUUGUAUUGAGCAUCAUUUCAUUAUAAAUACUGGAGAAUUUAGAAAUUCUUUGCUGUAAAUGUUCACUUGUCCUGAGUGUUUUAGAGUAGUGGGUGGCUUCAGGAGCUCCACAAUGAGCCCAUAAGUAUCCUGCUACAGUCUUUCUAAUUGUUUACCUUUUGAGAGUAAGUAGAGUUUAUUAUACCUGGCCAGCUGCUUAAUUAGUAUCUAAAGCACUAGUACAGUCAAAUGUUUUUAGGAUGACCAAUAUCAGAUUAGGUUGUCCUUAAAGAUAAACAGAACAACAACAACAAAAAAACCCUUCUUGUUCUCUAUGUUAGAUAUGUAUCACUUUAUUUAAAGUUUUCUCCCUAAUAUUAUAGGGAGAAUUAAAAUUUCAGAGAGAGAACAGACUAUAAAAUCUAUUUUAGAAUAAAGUAAAAAUAUUUGAAAAUCAAUUUCAAUUUCAUUCCAUAAUAAGAUUAUAUCCAGGGAAAGCAAUUGAGCUAAAUAGAGUCAUAUCAAAAUCUAGAUUUGAAUUAUGUUACUUUGAAGUGAAAUACAUUUCAUAGUUUAAGUCCCUUAGCUUACAAAGUGGUACAGGGCCUGUUGACUCUUGAAUACUGAAUAGGUUUUCAAAGUUUUGAAAAUGAGUCUGAAAACAAAGGCUGAGUUGUAUUUUGUUUAGUUUUGUUUUUUCUGGGUUUUCCAUAUCAUUCAGUCUAAUUCUGAUGUUUGCUGGCAGAGUUGGUGAGGUCAUUCCUUUCAAUGUAUUGAAGGACUCUAGAUUAGCUCAAGGAGUCCAAGGAGAAAAUGGAGUAUAAUAUUCUUCUCUUAGAUCUUAUGAUGUUAGUGGAAUUUUAUUGAAAAGUCCUACUGGAAAGAUUUCUCAGUGAUGGUUUGCCAAGCAAGCAGGGUUUGUGCCAAUAUCACUUACAAACUUGUUGCAUCCUCUUCAUUUGACAUUUAUCCCAUUGUAACUUGGGACAAACUUGGAUAAGUAAAUGAGAUUUGCACAUUUUCCCUUUUUCUUGAUCUCUGUUCAUUAUUUUUGUUUGUUUGUUUGUUUUUAUUGUUGUUCAA